GUCUUCUUCUUCUUCUUCUUCUUCUUCUUCUUCUUCCUCUCUGUGUUGCUGCUGUCAUUCUUAUUCUCUCUUCACUCCCUCAACUCCAUUGCUGAUCUCUCUCUAAAACCCUACUUCAUCUCCCUCACCUUUCUCCUUCUUCCUCGAUUAUACACUAUUCGCCAUGCUUCCCUCUUCCUCCGUGCUCUUCCUCUGGUUCUCCUUCCUCUACUUCACCUCUUCAAUGGCGGCUCCUUAUGCUCUCAGCGACUUCACUGCUUCGAAGUCGAUUUACGAUGUGCUAUUGGCUCAUGGCCUUCCCAAGGGGCUACUUCCGAAGGGCGUCAGGGAUUACCAAUUCGAUCAGGACACUGGCCGCUUUCUCGUGUUUUUGGAUCAGGAGUGUAAUGCGAUGUUCGAGAAUCAACUGCAUUACGAGACUAAUGUUUCCGGCACUUUGAGUUAUGGCCAGAUCGGCGCCUUGUCUGGGAUUUCCGCCAAGGAUCUCUUCUUGUGGUUUCCUGUUAAGGGGAUUCGCGUCGAUGUUCCUAGCUCCGGUGUUAUUUAUUUCGACGUCGGUGUUGUUUUCAAGCAAUUCUCUCAGUCUCUCUUCGAAACCCCGCCUGAAUGUGUCCCUAAUUCUAAGACUCAACACAGAAAGAUUGGGAAUGGAUUUGUUCAGCCAGUUCAAGUGAAAGUGGAUUGAUAUUUCCAUUGAAGCAAUGGGAACAAAAAGAAAAAGGCUCAAAGGAAUCUCUUAUUGGGUGGUAGUUGUGAAUCUUCAUUGUAUAUGUCCUCAAAGCAUAUAUAUUAGCAUCUGCUAUAUGGUUCUUUACAAAGUGUGCACUUGAACUUUCUCAUCAUCAUCAUCAUCAUCAUUCAGAGAGGAGUCAGAGUGUGAGAAUUUGUUGAGCAGCUUCUGGUUUGUGUGAGGAAGGAAGUGAGAAGGUGAAGAAGAAAAUUUGGUUCAAAGAUUUUUGUUUUUUUGGCUGUAGAAAGGCAGGUGGAGUUCAGGUGAAAAAUCUACACAUUUCUAUUCAAUAAUCUUCAGAAAUUUUGGUGUAUUGUGAAUAUUAUCAUUAUCAUUAUUACUAUAAUAAUUAUUGUUGUUAUUA